GCGCCAUGGGUAUAUUUCAGAGUUGCCUUGCAAAGCAUAACAGGGUAGGGGUGAUGGGGAAGGAGGAGAUGGAGACGUAUGAAAAGGUACGUCGGACAAUGAUCACGGAGGAUUUGACUGAGAGGAAGGGCGGAAUGGCUUUUGAUCUAACAUUUCUCACCGAGGAUUCAGCACUUAAGCUGCAACCUGGACCACCUAGUCGAUUGACAAAUGACAAAAAAGAGAAUUUUGAAUAUUGGAGAGAAAAUCAAGAAAAAACACAAGCAGAGAAGCAGGAGAGGGCCCAGCAAAAACGAGAAGAGGUUCUUGUGCAGAAAAAGAUAGAAAAUGCACACAAAGAACUGGAUCGACUUGAAAAAUACGCCAAUCUUUGCAGUUGAUUUACACCUGGACUUGGAUCAGAUUCAGCAAAAACAUUUCUUCUAAAUUACAAAUCGCUUUGAUCCAAAGGCAAAGAAGGGACAUCAAGCUCUUUUAUGUAUGCUUCUAACUGCUCUGUUUACCUUACAUUGUCAUCUUUUCACAAUGUUCGAUCU